AUGGAGUUGAAGAUGAAGAUAGCUUUGUUAUUUUUAUUCUUGAGUUUGGCCACAAUUACUGAAGCUCGUUUUGAACCAAACUCCCUCAUCACUCAAGUGCUAUCCAAUGGUGUCAAAUCGACAACAUGUGCACCUUGUUGUGAUAAUUGUGGUUGCACAAAAUCAAUACCUCCUCAGUGUCGCUGUACUGAUGUUAAACCAACUUGUCACUCAGCUUGCAAGUCUUGUAGGUGUUUUGAGACAUUACCUUUGAAGUGUGAUUGUCUUGAUAUCACUGACUUUUGUUAUGAACCAUGUACAUCAACUACUAUAGCUUAA